CUGCUGAUCGUCACCCUGGCAAGUUCACGCUCAUCGAUUGGAGAUGGCACGUACGAAGCAAACUGCGCGCAAGUCUACCGGAGGCAAGGCUCCCCGGAAACAACUGGCGACUAAAGCGGCUCGCAAGAGCGCGCCUGCCACGGGCGGAGUGAAGAAGCCUCAUCGCUACAGGCCCGGGACCGUAGCUCUUCGUGAGAUUCGUCGUUAUCAGAAAAGCACGGAGCUGCUGAUCCGUAAAUUGCCCUUCCAGCGUCUCGUCCGCGAGAUCGCUCAGGAUUUCAAGACCGACCUGCGUUUCCAAAGCUCGGCCGUCAUGGCGUUGCAGGAGGCCAGCGAGGCUUAUCUCGUCGGUCUGUUCGAAGACACCAAUCUCUGCGCUAUUCACGCCAAGCGCGUCACCAUCAUGCCCAAAGAUAUUCAGUUGGCGCGUCGUAUCCGUGGAGAGCGUGCUUAAUCAAGAAACUUCACGUAACCGGCCCUUUUUAGGGCCACCAAUAUUUCAUACGAUGAAUCGUCUUUCUUCGCUUACGUAUUUUCCAUGUUUUACAAUUAAGUUUUCUUUUUUUAUACUUUUAAGUUCGACAAUUCUAUUAAUAUGAAUUAUACGCAUUAUUUAUUAAUUCCAUCGAAAACUGAUCUUUUAAGAUAAAAUAUCCUUUCGAAUAACGAAUGUAACUGAAUCGUCAGUUAUAGCGAAUUCGGUUGCUCGCACUAGUGAACACUGAGUGCACAC